AUGGAGGCUGCCGUGGUCAGCGCUUCUCAUGGUGCUUUGGGCUCCCUGAUAGCGAAGCUUGGUGAUUUGAUCACAUCUGAGUACAAGCUGCUCAAAGAAGCUAAGGGACAGAUCAUGUUCCUUAAAGCUGAGCUAGAGAGCAUGCACGCGUUCCUGAAGAAGAUGUCAGACAUGGAAGAGCCUGACGAGCAAGACAAGUGCUGGGUGAAGGAGGUACGUGAACUCUCCUACGAUAUAGAUGACAGUAUCAAUGAGUUCCUGCAUCGCGUCGAGCGCAAGUACAGCAGCAUGCCGCGUGGAUUCAAGGGGUUCAUGGAUAGAAGCAUGAGCCUGCUGACAACCAUGAACAUUCGGCAUCAGAUUGCGAAGGAGCUGGAAGGCCUCAGGAGUCGAGUCAUGGAGGUGAACGAGCGACGCAUGAGGUACAAGGUCGAUGAAACUGUUUCCAAGCCAAACAACACAGUCGUCGAUUCUCGUGUUUUGGCACUCCAUGCAGAGUCAGCCAGCCUUGUUGGUAUUGAGGAGCCCAGGGACCAACUGAUAAAAUUGAUGGAUGAAGAGAGUGUGCCUGCUUCACAUCAGCUAAAGGUGCUCUCUAUUGUCGGAUUUGGAGGUCUUGGAAAAACUACCCUUGCAAAUGAGAUUUAUCGCAAGCAAGAGGGCUUGUUCCUGUGUCAAGCUUUUGUUUCUGUGUCCCAAAAACCAAAUAUUAGGAAGGUACUAAGGACUAUACUAUCUCAAGUUGGCUUUAAACCUCCAAAGAACACCAACAUGGAAAUGUGGGAAGAGUCCGAAUUGAUUAGGACGCUGCAAAAUUUUCUUUUGGAUAAGAGGUACUUCAUUGUAAUUGAUGACAUCUGA